AUGGACAUUGGCACCUCAGUCUGCUUUUCGCCGAGGGCAUCCUGCUGCGGCCGGCCCUUUUCCUCCCCAGGCCACUCCUUCAAAGAAGCAAGGAACCCGGUCAUCAGCAGUCCGCCCCGCUCGCUCAGCCCGCUACCUGAGGUCUCCAGAGAAAUACGGGAGCUACGACCUGGCUCAAAACCUACCAUCCUCCUCUUUCGGCACGAGUAUGUCGAGCAGCUUAGGACCCUCACAACAGAGUCUCACCUGCCCAGCCACCCAUCUGCAGAGCCAGUGUUGAUUUUAAACAUCCACUCCGGACAAACUGAAGGUAAACAAAGUACAGAAAGACCAAAUGCCGAAGUGUCUGUUUUGCCUGAUAAACAUGUAUUCAGAAAAGAAAAUGUCACUCUCAGAUGUGUCAUCAAUGGAGGAGGAGUCAUUGGCUGGGGGUACAGCUGGUAUAAAGAUGAUUUAGAAAUUCAGCAGGAUAAAGUCCAGUAUUACACAAUCAGUUCUGUUACUGAGUCUGAUGCAGGUAAAUACACCUGUAUAGGAACAGAGACCAGAGGAUCACGAUACUCACACAUCAGUAAUGCAGUUACACUGACAGUAUCAGAGAGUCUUAAACCUGUAGUGAGUGUUGAUCCUGACAAACAGCUGUUCAGAGGAGAAACUGUUACUCUGAGAUGUGACAUACAGGAUACAGGAGACACUGAGUGGACAUACAGCUGGACUGUAGAGAAGACAAAUAACAGAAAUAUAAUCACACAAUGCAACACACAAGAGUGUAAAAUCAACAACAUUCAACACACUGACAGUGAUAAAUACACCUGUAGAGGAAAGAUACGUAAACAAAACACUGAGAUGAGUGAUGCUGUUACACUGACUGUAUCAUCAGAUAAACCACGGACAGUUUUAAGUGUUUCUCCACAGCAGUGGUUGACUGAAGGAGAUUCAGUGACUCUGAUGUGUGAGGUUAGAAGUUCAUCUACAGGCUGGACAUUCAGCUGGUUCACUGUACAGAUGAAUAAAGAUGUUGAUUAUAAGCUGGUGUCAGACAGCAGUGGAGGAUCUAAAGGCAUCUACACAGUGAGUUCAGUGACUGUGAAGCACACAGGAGUUUAUGUUUGCAGAGCAGAGAGAGGAGAUCCAGUCUAUCACACAGAGUACAGUAACACACAAACACUGUGGAUCACUGGUGUUUCUCCUUCAGUCUCUCUGAUCAUCAGACCCAACAGAUCUCAACACUUCUCAUCUGAAUCUCUCUCUCUGAGCUGUGAGGAUCACAGUAAAUCUACUGGAUGGACAGUGAGAAGAUACACAAACAAACUGAAACUUUGUUCAUCAUCAGACUGGAGAUCUACAGAAACAACAUCUACAUGUACAAUCAGAUCUCUCCACACAUCUGACACUGGAGUGUACUGGUGUCAGUCUGAAUCUGGAGAGAAACUUCAUCCUGUUAAUAUCUCAGUACACAAUGUUGAUGUGAUUCUGGACAGUCCUGUUCAUCCUGUAACUGAAGGAGAUCCUCUGACUCUACGCUGUUUAUAUCGAGAUAAAAACCCCUCUAACCUGAGAGCUGAAUUUUAUAAAGAUGGAUCAGUGGUGCAGACUUCAGGAGACAUGAUGAUCAUCCCUACAGUCUCAAAGUCACAUGAGGGUUUCUACUACUGUAAACACCCAGAGAGAGGAGAGUCUCCAAAGAGCUGGAUCUCAGUCAGAGUUUCAGGAGAUUCUCAAGUGAAGACGUUUUGCUUCAACAUGAUCACUUUUCCACUAGCAGUUUGUCCAUAUCUGUUAGUGACAGUUGUAAUGGUUGUCAAAUACCACAGAUUGAGAGGUGAAACAUCUGUCUGAUUUAUUAGAUCUUUAUAAUUUUAUUUUAAAAGUUUAUAUGUAAUAAAAUGUAUAAGUGUGUCUCAGUCUGAGUAUGGAGGGUCUUCGUUUUCCCAAGGUUUUUUCUUCCUCUACCUAACCACCUUUUUGCAUCAUUUUGCUUGCUGCUUGAUCAAUGUGGGG